CCUCGUGGGAGCCAAGAGGGCGGGGAGAGACACACACAGAGGAGCGGAGACCAACAGACAGAGCCGGGAGUCUGGGAGUCGCGGGAGCCGGUCAGGAGACGCUGCAGAGGCGGGGGCCGGGGCACUCGGUGGUCCCCAGAGGCACCCCCACCCCGCUUCCCUGCGCCCUUGGGUGCUGAGAGCCCAGCCCGAUGCAGGCGGCCUGGCUCUUUGGGGCCCUGGUGGUCCCCCAGCUCUUGGCCCUUGGCCAGGGGGCUCGGGGAGCUGAGAGGGAGUGGGAAGGAGGCUGGGGUGGGGCCCAGGAGGAGGAGCGACAGAGAGAGGCCCUGAUGCUUAAGCAUUUGCAAGAGGCUCUGGGGUUGCCUGCUACCACGGGGGACGAGGAUCCCCCCGGAAUCCCUGCAGGCGAAGGGGUCUGGGGGCCUGAAGACGACCAGGUGGAGGACAAGGAAGAGGAGGCAACACUGGCUCCGGACCCCAGCCCCAGCCCCAGCCCCAGCCCCAGCCCCUCGCCCACCCCUGAGGACACGGUCACUUACAUCUUGGGCCGCCUGGCCGGCCUGGACGCAGGCCUGCACCAGCUGCACGUCCGUCUGCACGCGCUGGACACCCGCGUGGUCGAGCUGACCCAGGGGCUGCGGCAGCUGCGGAAGGCGGCGGGCGACACCGACGAGGCCGUGCACGCCCUGCAGCAGGCGCAGGGUCGCGCCGAGCGCGAGCACGGCCGCCUGGAAGGCUGCCUGAAGGGGCUGCGCCUGGGCCACAAGUGCUUCCUGCUCUCGCGCGACUUCGAGGCCCAGGCGGCGGCGCAGGCGCGCUGCGUGGCUCGGGGCGGAACCCUGGCGCAGCCGGCCGACCGGCAGCAGAUGGACGCGCUCACCCGCUACCUGCGCGCGGCGCUCGCCCCGUACAACUGGCCGGUGUGGCUGGGCGUGCACGACCGGCGCGCCGAGGGCCUCUACCUCUUCGAGAACGGCCAGCGCGUGUCCUUCUUCGCCUGGCACCGCGCGCCCAGCCCGGAGCCCGGCUCCCGGGCCAGCCCCGCGCCGCACCCGCUCAGCCCGGACCAGCCCAACGGCGGCGCGCUGGAGAACUGCGUGGCGCAGGCCUCGGACGACGGCUCCUGGUGGGACCACGACUGCGAGCGGCGGCUCUACUACGUCUGCGAGUUCCGCUUCUAGCGGGGCGCCCGGCCCGGGUCUGGCGGGUCCCAGGCGAGGCCGGCUCCAAUAAAACCGUGUGGCACCUGC